AUGAUAAGAACUAGAGUAUUCAAUACAUUUAUACUACAAUCAACGAGAACAACUCGUUGUACAGGAGGGGUAUCCAAGAGAUUUUUAACUACCAGUGAAGCCAUUAUUCAACCAUGGAAAGUUAUCAAUAAAAAACCAAACCUUAACAUGUCCAUAUCCGAGAGGGCAGCAGAACGAUUGGAAGAGAUAUACAAUGAUAGUAAAGAAAUCCUGAAAAUCGGUGUUGAGAGUGGUGGAUGCCAUGGUUACCAAUAUGUGUUAAAACUAAUACCGGAAUUAACGGAAGGUACUAACACCUGCCUACAGGGUAAGAUGGAAGAUACGGAUGAGUUUGAGCAUAAUGACAUAGAUUCUAUUAAGGAUUCAAUAAUAUUUGUAUUACCUGAGGAGAAAGGGAAGGUAUUGAUCGAUGAAAAAUCAUUGAAGAUACUAAAUGAUACUACGCUUACCUACACAACAGAAUUAAUUGGAUCUACAUUCAAAAUUAUAAAUGGGCAUUUAAAGAGUAGCUGUGGAUGUGGAAGUAGUUUCGAUAUUGAUAUUGAUCUAAGCAAGUGA